GCCUUCUGUGUUGCUUUCACGGCCAAUCCACCAAUCAGCCCAAUGAGCUAAGAGAGCUCCGCCCACUUACUGUUUUUUUCCCCUCUCCUUCUCUUCCCGUUCCCCCCUCCUCCUCCUCCUCCUCCUCGGAGUGUGUAGAUAGUCACAUGUUGUUUCCCCUCCCCAGUCCGGCGUAUACUCACAGCCGCAGCAGACAUGUGUUAUUUAUCUCUCAGAUGUGGGAGAAGCAAGUUGAAUCUUAAAAAUUAACAAAGCGCGUCGUUUUUUUUUGUUUUUUUUUACCUCUUUUUUUUUUUGUACUUCCUAGUAGUAUGGCGAGUCCGCCGGGCGACGCCGGACCCCCGCUACUAUCCACCGGCGUGAAGAAGUGUGGCUACCUGAAGAAACACAAACAUGGACACAAGCGCUUCUUCGUGCUGAGGGAGCCCGGCGACGGCUUCCCUGCCCGGCUGGAGUACUACGAGAGCGAGAAGAAAUGGAGGAACAAGUCUGCCGCCAAAAGGGUGAUCCCGCUGGACUGCUGCUUGAACGUCAACAAGCGAGCGGACGCCAAACACAAACAUCUCAUCGCGCUUUACACCAAGGACGAGUACUUCGCGGUGGCGGCGGAGAGCGACGCCGAGCAGGAGGGCUGGUACCAGGUGUUGACGGAUCUAAUCUCGGAGGGGAGAGUGUGCGACGGCUCGGCGUGCAGCUCCGCGUCUUCGCUGGUGGGCUUCGACGAAACGAGCUACGGCGUCAUCACGCCGGUGAGCGCCGCCUAUAAGGAGGUCUGGCAAGUCAACAUGAAGUCCAAGGGCUUGGGGCAAAGCAGGAAUUUAACCGGCGUGUACAGACUCUGCCUUUCCAGUCGGACUAUCAGUUUUGUCAAGCUCAACACAGAAGUGGCCUCGGUCGUUUUGCAGCUGAUGAACAUCCGGAGGUGUGGCCAUUCGGAUAGCUUCUUCUUCAUAGAGGUGGGUCGCUCGGCAGCCACUGGACCCGGCGAGCUCUGGAUGCAGGCCGACGACUCCGUGGUGGCGCAGAACAUCCACGAGACCAUCCUGGAAGCCAUGAAAGCCAUGAAGGAGCUGUCAGAGUUCCGCCCCCGCAGCAAAAGCCAGUCUUCAGGCACCAAUCCCAUCUCCGUGCCCACCAGGAGGAACUUGCACAACCUCCCCCCGAGUCAGACCGGCCUCCUCAGGAGGUCACGCACUGACAGCAUGGCUACGACGUCGCCUGUUGGUAAAUUCUCCUCCUGUCGAAUACGCACGGCCAGUGAGGGCGAUGGCACCAUGACACGCCCCAUGUCGAUGAUGGGGAGCCCCCUCAGCCCGGGGGUCCACCGCACCCUCCUGAGCAGGUCUCACACCAUCACCGCACGCCCUUGUCGGACAUUUGAAUCCUCUUCCCUCCAGCACAGUAAGUCCAUGUCCAUGCCUCUGUCUCAUUCCCCGCCCACGGCCGCCCCUAGUCUAGUAAGCCUGUCCUCAUGUCCAGAUAGUUGCGCUCCUCGUCCCUCAAGUUGCAGUGCUUCCUUCUCGGUCCCCAGUGAUGCAGGGUUUAUAUCGUGUGAGGAGUAUGGCUCCAGCCCCAUUGAUGCACGGGACCUUCGGCUGCCUCUCACAUUUGGUAGCAACACCCCUGAGUCUCUAAAAGCGGACACUCCUCCUUCGCGGGGCAGCAGUGGGCUUGAAGGAUACAUGGUAAUGGAGCAAAAUUUUGGCUAUCGGUGGUUACCAGAGCGGGACAAGUCUUACCGAAAACGCACAUACUCCCUUACCACCCCCCGCCAGCAAAGGUGUCUCCCCCAAGUGUCUUCAGCCUCCCUUGAUGAGUACACACUAAUGAGGGCCACAUAUACAAGUGGAAGCCAGUCUUCUCGCAGGUGUUCCCCUAAAGGAAGCUUCCCUGACGAGUACAGGGAUGUCCAGAUGAGUGACAGCAGUGGUUACAUGCCCAUGAUGCCUGGCGCUGCGCCUCACACGUCAGGAGCUAAGACUGACCCUUACAUGCCCAUGAGCCCCAUGUGUGUGUCUGCUCCUAAACAGAUCAUCAACCCCCGGACGCACUCUUCCUUGGCCGGGCUGGCCCCACAUGCGAACUCCCCGGGCAGUGUUUCCCUGGAGGAUAGCGGCUACAUGCGCAUGUGGUGUGGCAUCAAAAUGUCAGUGGAGAGCGCUGAUGGAAAGCUGCCAAAUGGCGAAUACCUGAACAUGUCUCCUGUGGACCCUCUGUUGUCACUCCCAACCAGAGACAACACCCUCAGUAAUAUUGGAGGAGAACCCCACCCCAAGCACCAGCACAGACAGCCUUACACUUACAGCACCCUCCCGCAUUCACUUAAAGGCCAAUUGCAACGCAACUGUUCCGUUGACACUGACCAGUAUGUAGUGAUGUGUUUACAGAGACAGAGGAUAGAGGAGGAGUCCAGCUACUGUCCUGUCUCUCCAGGAGACUCUGUGGCGUCAACGGGCGGAACCCCUUCAUCUGCUCCCCCUCCCCUUAGAUUGGCUCAGAGUAACGGCGGCCUGGCGCACAGGGGUAGGGCGUGUCGCCCCACCCGCUUGGCUCUGGAUUCCCUCAGAACCUUACCAUGUAUGAGUGAACACCCGCUCCCCUCUGAGCCACGCAGCCCCGGGGAGUAUAUCAACAUCGACUUCAGCAGUCCUUCCAGUGACGUGGUGGCAUCCACUGAGGGCGCCAACAGGGGAUCACCAUCGCUCUCGGACUAUGUUAACGUGGAGCUUGCCUCGCCAAAAACUGUGGACACCCCAGCUGUGCAUGACAUGCAGGAAGAGGAAGGAAAAAGGGCAGAGGUGAGGGGGGUGGUGGAUGAAUAUCCCCUCCAGCAUCACAAGAUUCAAGUCAAGGAUGACUACACUGAGAUGACUUUCGGUCCUCUGUGCGCCACGGAUCCCGCUCCCCUCCCUUCCAGCCCCACCGCCUGUGUCCAAAGACUGAGCCUUGACAGCAGCCUUGUGAUAGACAGGGUAACACCCGCGCCAGUGGACUCGUUUCUCCUCCCUUCACUGUCUGUCACCCUUGCAGACCCUCACAGGGGUGCAAAAGUAAUCCGGGCUGACCCUCAGGGACGCCGGCGACACAGCUCAGAGACCUUCUCCUCCACCACCACUGUCACACCUGUGUGCCCAUCUUUUGCCCACGACACCAAGCGCCACAGCUCAGCUUCAGUGGAGAACGUGUCUCGUGGCGUGAGGAGUGCCGAGGAACAAGACGAGGAGUACGUGAGCAGCAGCAUGUGCAGGGAGACGUCUGCGGGCUAUCAGAACGGACUCAACUACAUUGCCUUAAACUUGAUGGAGGGUACCCUCGGAGGGUGCAGGUUAGGGGGCUGCGACGGACUCCUGAGAUACAAGCCGGCCUGCGGCUGCAAGGGCAGCAUGAACGGCUUCAACUCCAGCCCUUAUGCCAGCAUGGGCUUUAAGGAGACUACUGCAGCUGCCGUGAAAGAAUGAAGGGCACUGGCCCCGCCCCCUUUUCUUCCUUGACUCUCCUCCUGGUCGUUGGGUUGGGCCGCCGCAGCCAAGGGACGAUGUCGCCUCGGCAACAGCUGGACCGCACACUGCAGCCGACGUCCUCUGACCCCCCCCCACCCCUACUCCCCCCCAGCUGUCGUCUCCGAGAGGUCACAGGGACUGCAGUCGUCACCAUAGCAACACAGACACUUGACCUUUGCCCCACGUGUUCCUUUGAGGAGCCUUUGGGCGCUGCUGCUGAUGACCUAAAACAGGACUUGUUGGUAACUCGUGAACUGAUGUGUUCAUGCAGGACUGCGAAUGUUCACCAUAGAACCAUCGAGACACAAAACCACACCUGGAGAACACGUGCACAAGCAUGGCAAAAAAACAAAAAAAAAGAAUGCAUACAAAAAUAUUUAUUUAUUUAUCGCGGAUGUGUAUGCAUUUGGUUUUCCAAAUGUGUGAAUUUCUAUAAAUGAUAAAAAAACAAAUUAAAAAAAAAAAAAACCUACCUCAGCAAAAACAAACAAAAACAGGUUGGUUAAACACCCCCCAUCGUUAUAUAUAGAAAUAUAUAUGAAAUAUUUAUUUUGUCUUUUUGAUUUUUCAAUUUUUUUUUUAAGAACAUGAUCACCAAUCCAAAGCCUUACUCUGGCCCAGGGGCUGUUAAGUUUGGACCUACACAACCGCAAAGAAUGAGCCACUCUGAGAUUUCCAAGCGACAUUUAUGAUGACAAUGUGUGCAAAGAUGAUUUAUUGACUCCCCAAACACUGCAGCACACCUGUGGCCUGUCGUCUGAGCCCAAGUCUCAGCACCUCCAAACACUUUGGACCUGUUCACCUGUAAGCCCCCGCGCACCUGACAGGAAGUUAUGACCUGUUUGUGGGGCGGGGGGGGGGGG